AACACUUGGUUUUUAUUUUGGAGAAUUUUGGAUUUUUUGGUCGGUUUUUGCAUCGGUUGGCUAGGUCGUGGUUAAGGCAAAGACCAUGGGUUUUUGGCUAACCACCCACCCAGCGAUGGGAAGAUCUUCCCAUCGAUGGGUAAGCAGUCCCUAAGCCAAACCAACUUCCAGAACCAUGCCAAACAGCGAUGGGAAGUUCUACCCAUCGCUGUUAAAGCCUUGGUGCAAAAUUAACACAAGGCAGAACGACCUUGCCCAGGGAUGGGAAACCUAUACCAUCGAUGGGAACCCAGCGAUGAGAGUCGGCGAUGGAGGCGAGAUUGGCCCGGGCCUCGGGUUCGGCUUGGCCAUCAGCAGGACGGCGGCGUGCGGUAGUGGCAGGCGCAGCGUUGUCCGACCGCUUGGUGAAGGUUUGGGCGCUGAUCAUCCAAAGCUUCGUGGCCUUGGUGAGCGGGCCAACAGUGGUGGUUACCUUGAACCGUUCAAGGAUGUCCAUCACCAAGAAUGGGUAUGGGAGGAUGUGAUCGUGGUCGGUAGACGCGGCGAUCGUCAUGUAGAUCAUGACAAACUUCGCCCAAUUGAUCGGCGCCGAGUGCAUGAUCGCGUGGAGGAGCUUGAGAUCCUCGCCGGACAUUAUCGUGUGCCCGUGCUUCCGGGGCUUGAUGAUCCCGGACACGAUGUAGAGGAGGAGACGGCUCUCGGGGGAUGCGAAGUGAAUGGUGGGGCGCGUAGGAUGGCAGAUGAGUUUGGUGAUGUUGAAUAUAAAAACUUUGGAUAUUCGCCAUACCAAGAUCCUGAUGGGGUUGAUUAUUAUGAACCUCAUGGUGAUCAAGAUGACUAUGACCAAUCUGGGCCUAUGUAUGACAAUCAACCUGAUCCACUCGUCGAAGAAAUAAUAAAAUUAGAACAGAAAAUCUUCUAUUUCGACGAACUUUUAUUCGUUGAAGGCUCUUGGUACGAACCACCUUACUCCCGUGACUACACUUUGUUUGCUGAAGAGCAAAUUGAAGCAAACAAGGUGGCAAUUCGAGAAAGAGCAAAACUUCUUGAAUCAGUCCGGAAGGAAAAGGAGUUCGAGAGGAGAUUAUGCGAAGGAUCAGAAAUGAUGCAGAAAAUGCUGGACGACUUUCAAAGAGAGAGACUAGAAGCUGAGUCUAAAGACGAUAAAUUAGUCAAUGAUCUCUGUAUGGCUGUUGAACUUAAACGCUCCCUCCAAUCUCAAGAUCAAAUGAGGGAGAUUAAUAAACCCGAGAGCAUAACAACUCUUGCUAGGGCUACUGUGGUGAUGUUACCUGAAUACCCUUCUAGCCAAGUCCUAACCAGCAUAGUCGUACAUGAGGUGGAACCAACUGAGGGACCUGACUCAGAACCACCUACGCUCAUUCAAGAAAAGGAGGAGGAAGUUUUGCCUACGGCAAUAAACGACCAUCUCCUUAAUUGUGUUGAAGACACACCUCCAGAGAAACCUGUUCUGGAGGAAGUAGAGCCCAUUACCUGCCCCCAAGAUACCAAUGUCCAAGUGUCCGAGCAGGAAUCUAUAGACGAGGAAUUAUUUUGCAUGGAAAAGCCAACUCCGCUUAUAGAAACCUGUGUACACAACACUUCAUCUAAAGAUUCAGACCAGACCUUCUUUGACUCCCUACUUGACGGGUGUGACUAUGUCUGCCCGAACGAUGGUUGGAGCCAAAAGAGUUGGGAUGAACUUCUAGUAAGUGACACUGAAGACUCAUCCAUGGGGGAAAGCACGGUCGUAAUCAUCAAACCACAAAUGGAUGGUCAGCCUGUUGAAGAUAAGGAAAAAAUCAAUCUCGCUAUGAAGGUCAAUGAUGUGGAUCUACUGAGGAGACUUCCGCCACCACCCACCUAUCUAGAGUCUCCUCCUUUUAUCCUGUUGCCGCCAAGCCGCAGGGACGAGUCAAGGAUCCUGGACCUUGACCGAGCAACAAAUCAAACAAGGUGGCACCAGAAGAGAGUCAGAAGGGCCAAAGUUUAUGACUCUCGGAUUGGGAAGUCGCGGAAAAAGUGGAUUCUGUUCCGCUUUUACGGAAUUGAAUCAAGUGAAAAGGACCUCCUUGAAGCAGAAACUCUUUUUGUGUCAGACCCUUCCCCAGAUAAUCUUUCCUCACUUAAUUUAAUGAAAGCAAAGCAUAAUAGAUGCGUGAAGAACAUAGACUCAUUCUGGAGACAAAAAGCAAACAUCAAUUGGAUCAAACAGGGAGAGGCCAACACCAGUUUCUUUCAUAACUUUGUAAAAGGAAAACGAAAGAAACUCCUUAUACAUCACAUUAUGAAGGAAGAAGACAACAUCCUAAAUACUCAGAAGGAGAUUAUGGAAGAUGGACUUUCCUUUUUCAAACAGGCAUUCUGUGAGGAGUCAAUUAUUCAUGAUUCUGACCUCCUCCACUCCAUCCCUACUGUCAUUACAGAUGAUGAUAACAUCCUGUUGACAAGGCUUCCAAAUGAAGAAGAGGUAAAGGAGGCAAUCUUCAGCCUUAAUCCCAACAGUUGUGCAGGAUGGGAUGGCUUCAAUGGCCUUUUCUUUCAGACUUGCUGGGAAAUAGUUAAAGAGGAUGUUGUUUCAAGCUGUCAGGAAUAUUUCCUGGGAAUCCCUCCCCCCAAGUCUAUGUGCAAAACCAUGAUCUCUUUGAUACCAAAGACAUCUUCGCAGCUGAGCUUGAAAACAUUAUCAAUGCAAUCCAGUGGGCUCAGAACAAGCUUCAAAAUGCUUCCCGGAGAAUCAUUUGAUAUGUUGGAUGAAAGAUUCCACAAGAUAUUGAAUGAUCUUGCUUCACUUAACCACAUUCUUUCUCCCAAAGAAAAGAAUGUAAGGUUGCUGAGAUCACUCCCAACUGAGUGGUACACCAAAGCCACAGCCAUGGAAGAAGGAAGAAACCUGGAGAACUACACUGUUCAAGGUCUCCUUGAUGAGCUCAGAACCUAUGAGCACGAGCUGAAGAAGAGGAAGGAAGAACAAGUCACUCCCUUCCCCACGGCAUUGAUGACAACUCCAAGAAUCCCAUCAAGUGAAGGGACAUGCACAAGAAACUGUGACACACCUUCCUCCAGCCAGCCGUCAAGCUCAAAAAUGGAGAACUACGAUGAGGAAUUUGCCAUGAUGGUCAAGCAAUUCCGGAAGUUCAAGAAGUUCUUCAAGAAGGCUGACUCAAUCAGAAGGCCAUCCAAGGGAAAGCCACAGGUAAGUGACUCUCCUCCUGAAUCCUAUUUAUGUUAUAACUGUAGGAAGCCUGGCCACUGGAAGUCAGCAUGCCCGUACCCAAAGGUGGAGAAGUACGGAGAAAGAGAAAGAAACGAGAAGAAAAAGAAGGCAAUGGUUGCUGUUGAAAGUGACGAGUCAUCCAGCUCAAGCUCGGAUGAAGAAGCCCUCGUUUGCAUGGAGCGCAGAGCUGAGAAGUCCAACCAUGAAGAUAGGUGGACUAUGUCAGAAGAUGACACUCUCUGCCUAAUGGCCAAAGAUGAUGCUGAUCAAGAGGUAACCUCACAAACCUCCUGCUCAUCUUCUUAUAGCAUACCAACUUCUGAAAAUCUUUUUGACCAGUUCAAAAAGAUGAUGGAAGAUUUUGAGGAGAUAAAUUUCAAACACUCAUCCUUAACAGAAGAGAACAAGUUAUUAAGUGAAGAGAAUCUCAAGUUGACUGAAGGUCGGAAAAGUCAACUGGAUGAGAUCACUCAACUUAAAGCUGAAAAUGAAUCUCUAUCUGAAAUGGUGAAAUCCCUCAACAAGGAGCUAGGGAUACUUAAGUCCAAAGAAGCAGUGGAUAGGCUUCUUGAAACGACCAAACAUAAGGGUCGUGAAGGACUUGGGUUUGACCCCUCUAGUUCCAAAAGGAAAGGGAGAACAACUUUCAUCCCUCCUAAACCUACUGCCAAACCAAAUAAGCAGAAAAGAAAGGAAAAUGAGAAACCAACAGAAGUUCCCAAAAAGUUUUGUGAUAAAGGUUACUCCUUGGAAUUCUGCAAGGACAUGGCAUCCCUCAAGAACAUCUCCACAAAUAAAGUCAUUCUCACUGGGAAGAGAAUCAGGAACAUCUAUGAAGUGAUGUGGGACGACGUCAAGGAAGCAUGCCUAAUCAGCAAAGGUGACACUAACCUUCUAUGGCUUUGGCAUAAGAGGUUGAGUCAUCUCAACUUCAAAACCCUCAACAAGCUAUCCAAAGAAGGGUUAGUAGAAGGUCUUCCCAAAGCUGUAUUCAGGAAGGAAAGCAUUUGUGAUGCUUGUCAGAAAAGAAAGCUAGUCAAGUCUACUUUCAAGGCAAAACUGCCACCCUCAACUACCAUGAUAUUAAGUCUUAUUCACAUGGACUUAUUUGCCCCUGUUACACCAAUAAGUCUAAGUGGAAAGAAAUAUGUCCUGGUGGUAGUUGAUGAUUACUCAAGAUACAUGUGGACAAUCUUCCUCAACAGCAAGAAGGAGACUCAAGGGAAACUCACCAACUGCAUGAAGCUGAUUCAAAAUCAAGCAAGUCAGACCAUUCAGAAGAUCAGAUCUGACAAAGGCACAGAAUUCCUGAAUGAAAUCAUCAUUCACUACUGUGAAGAAAACGAAAUUCUUCAUCAGACAUCCGCAGCAAGGACGCCUCAACAGAAUGGUGUAGCUGAAAGAAGAAACAGAACCUUGAAGGAAGCAGAUGAAGAAGUCAAUGAAGGAGAUAGAAUGAAGCCUACGGAGUUCAUUCCAUUCAGAAGUCUACCACUGAAGACUUCACAGAGAAAUCCGGAUUCAGACAGUGCUGAGCCUUCCGGAAAUCUUGGCCAGCCUUCCAAUAUUCCGGAUCACUCAAACGGCGACAAUUCCGGAAAUGGCGACCUAGUGCCAAUCCAUCCGGAAACACCAACAACUUCUGUUCUUCAACCAGAAGCUGAACUAGAUCAACCAGUCAACCCUAAUCAACACAAUCUUCGUUGGUUAAGGAAUCAUCCUCCCCGACAAGUCAUUGGAGAUAUUCAAUCUAGUGUUGUCGACGCAAAUGUUCAUUUCCAGAAGUUGGAAGCCAAAUGCUCCUCACCAGCAUUCUAUCAAUGCUAUCUGGAGAUGAUAGCCGCUCAAGAACUCUCCGAAUUUCUUCAAAUGGAGAUUUGCCUCAAAUUUAAAGAAGUUCUUGAAUUUUACAAAAAUGGAGAGGUCAAGACUGCUCAUUCAAAGAAGGACCCACAGAGGACGUUUCAAGUCAUCAAAUCCAUUGUUGGAGGGAGAAAAGUGAAGCUUUCGCAAAAGAAUUUGGGAGAAAAGCUUCACCUUCCCAAUUCUGGAGUUGAAAUUGGGAGAUUUCCAGUCAAAAAUCUGGACUGGAACAUCAUUGGAAUUUCUCGACAAGCUCCUUCUGGCCAAGCAAAGAAAGCAGAUCUGAACAACGACUACAAAUUAGUUUUGGAACUGGUCAUCGCUUGCCUCGAGUGUGGAAGUGGAGGUCAUGCUGAUGACAUCACGCAGGAGAGAGCCUUCAUCAUCAACGCUCUCAUUACCAAAUCUAAGGUAAAUUGGGCUGCACACUUCUUCAAAUCCAUCUCAAAACAUCUGGGAAAGCACAAUCAAAAGUACCUUUGUCAAGGUCUGUACAUUGGACAUAUUUUGGAGUCUAUGGGUGCUGCUUCUGAAGGAAAGAAGUAUGAAGAAAGAUAUUGGUUAUACUAUCUGUCUUCAAAAGGGGAAAACAGAGCUGGUGCUAGUGCUACUGUAGAGGAAAGCUUAUCAAAUAAUGUCCCACUCAUCAAUCUGACGAAGACUGCCAAAAGGAAGCAAGUGAUGUCUUUCUCUCUCAGUGUAGAAGCACCACAGAACCUUGUUCCAGUGAAUCUUGAAGAAGCAGAAGAAGUCUCUGUCCAUGGAGAACUUCAAAGGAAGAAGAAGAGGAAAAUCACCUCUCCCUCAACAUCUGGAUAUGUCAACCCGGAUGAGUUGAAGGAGAAGGAACCUGCUGUGGAAACCUCUGCCCACAAACAAAGUCCUCAACAACUGGAAGAAGAAGCUCAUCAAGUCCAUAGUCUUCCAACCCCCUCACCUCAACCUCAAACAGAUGAUGCUGAAAACCAAUUCUGGCAGCUCUACUAUAAUUGGAGAGCUUGGAAAGUUGGAAAUUCAGCAGAGCAAUUGUUGGAUUGGGACCAACAACUGAAGAAUGAGAAGAUUAUCAAGAAAUGCAUAGGACUACCAGUCAACCAUAGCUGUGAAGAAAUCUUGGAUGACUACUGGGUAUGGCAAAGGAACCAUGAAGACUUGCAUUUGGAACACUUGGCCACCACACCAAUUUUAGAAUUUGAAGUGGAUGAUGAGGAUCCUACAGUCUACAAACCAGUCCUCUCAAAAACCACAGAAGAUCAGGUGGUUCUCACUUCUGAAGCACAGGCUAACUUGGAAGCAACAGCUGAGGAUUUCCAAAUAUUUCCGGAAACCUCAUCUACCUUUGAAACGGUUCUACCUGAAGCUAUAGUCUCUACUCCAAAAAAACAGAACCAGGAAGGAUCAGAUGAAGAACUUCACCAACAUCUCCAGUCUCAAGUCCUUGAGAUUCUCACAACUGCUUGUGAGAUAUCCAACCAGCCUGAACUUGAGAUCCCGGAGAAGUCAGGAGAAAAUCUGGAUCAGUCCACUUUUCUAGAAGCAACUGAAGCCCAAGAGGAACAAGCUGUAGAAGCCCAGAGGAGUUCUGCAGAAGCUGAGAUUGAAACUCAAAUGGCAGAACUGGAGGCCUCUAAAUCUCCAGUAGCCAUUUUUGAAGUACAGAAUGAAGCUGAAGAAAGAGACUCCCUCUCUAGAUAUAUAUCAAAUUUUGCGCUUGAUGAAGCAGAAGGAGAGUCUGAAAGGACACUAAAGAGCACUGAUGAAGACGAUGUGCAAGAAGAUGCUGAAUCUCUCCCUAUGCAAUUGUUUCAAAGAACACCCUCUUCUCAUCAGGUAACCUACUUCCAUUUCCAUAGCUCUUCCAUUCCUACACUUCCGGAUGAGGUACUGGAAACCUGGACAAAGAAGGUCCAAGGGUUGAUUGAAUCAGCCCUAGCAUCUCAACAUGCCUUCUUUAGGCAAGAGAUAGAGCAGAUGGAAGCCAGGUACAACAAGCUGAUUGAGAAAUCCGAAGAGACACACUGCUCCAAUCUCAAGGAGAUAAGCAAAUCAGUGGAUAAGACUCUAGAGAUCAUCUCUCUAUUGAGUAAAACUGUGAGCCACACGAUGGAGACAUAUGCAUCUGACAGUUAUCUUCAACUCAAGGAGGUUAACAAAAUCAGAGAGCAAAUAGCAAAUGUCACAGUUAGUCUACAAAAACAAAUGUCCCUUCUCCAAAUGGACAUCAGAUCAGCUCUGGCAGUGUCUUCAGCAAAUCAAGUAAUAACCAAAGACUACUUGAAGGUAAUCAUUGACAAUCAGAAGGAAGCAUUCAAACUAUUCAGACUUCUUACCACAAAUUCUGGAAAUUGCAAGAUGGAAGUGGUUCUUCAACAACACAGUCCAUCCUUGAUUCCAGAGCUCCCUAUUGCAGUCAAAGAAGGAGAAGUCUCUUAUAUUCCUACGCAUCUGAACAUGACUGACCUGAUCCUCGAAGCUCAGAGAAAGAAUCCGUAGGACUCAACACAGCACCUAUCCAGCUCAGGAUUGGAUGGAACAGAGGCUGUAGGAACAAUUGCUGCUCACUUCUCAAAUGAUAACCAAACAGAGGAGAGACGCAACAACAUAAGGCGCAUUAAAGAACUAUGUGGAAA